GGAACGUUGUUGCCAUCCUAGCCUAGGUACUUGAGUACAGUACAGGUACUGUACAGGGGUGGCGCCGUGCUUGCAAGCUUUGCUAAGCUUUGGCGAAACAAAACCACCCCGUGGACCACGUACUCUUUUCCAGGCUGGCGUCGACAUCUUGUGUUUGAACAUCUAGAACUCAACCAGAUUCCAGAGGGAAUACCGAGACGCAAUAGUUGGCUCUAUCGGAUAUCUCCAUCCAUUCACCGCAGCAGAGUGCUCCUCCAGAACAACGUACUAUUCAUAGCUCGUCGCAGCGCGGCAGACCACAUCCUCACUACAUCGGUCUCUCAGCAGGCAGGCGACACUUCAUGGAUAAAUAGAUUCAGGUCUCCGGCGCGCACUUUUCGACUUCUCUCCUCCAUUACUGGAUCGUCAUCCACGAUGCGAUUCCCAACUCUCCCCCCCGGGCGGCUACGCUCAUCGGGUUCGCAGAUGGCGACUUUGCUAGGACUGCUGUCCUUUUCCCUGAUGCCUUCAAUGGGCCUGGCAGCAGAUCAAACGGCUGCGGAUUAUUUCGUGCACUCGCUACCUGGCGCCCCAGAGGGGCCAUUAUUGAAGAUGCAUGCUGGGUAGGUGGUGGAGCUGGAUACUCCUGUUCGAAACUAUACCAACUAACCAAUCUGUAGACACGUUGAAAUAAAUCCGGAACACAAUGGGAACAUGUUCUUUUGGCAUUUCCAGAAUAGACAUAUCGCGAACAAGCAGAGAACGGUUAUAUGGCUGAACGGUGGUCCUGGGUGUAGUUCAGAAGAUGGUGCUCUGAUGGAAGUUGGCCCAUACCGACUUGGUGACCAGACGCAUGGCCCGAAGCUCACUCUCAACCCUGGAUCGUGGGACGAAUUUGCGAAUCUUAUGUUUGUCGAUAAUCCAGUCGGGACGGGUUUCAGUUAUGUCAAUACCGAUAGUUAUCUUCAAGACCUGCCUGAGAUGGCGCAACAGUUUGUUACAUUCUUAGAGAAGUGGUUUGCUAUGUUCCCCGAGUACGAACACGACGAUGUAAGUAACAGAACAAAACACCUAUAUACUUCGCAUUCUAACCAAGCAUAGAUCUAUAUUGCCGGCGAAUCUUACGCAGGCCAACAUAUCCCAUAUAUCUCACAGGCGAUACUCGCUAGGAAUAAAAAAGGAGCGAAACAUCAAUGGAACCUCAAAGGAAUGUUGAUUGGUAAUGGAUGGAUCUCGCCCGAGGAGCAAUACAAAGCUUACCUUACCUACUCAUACGAGAGGGGACUUAUACAACAUGGCACCGAGAUUGCCAAGCGCCUAGAAUCACAACAAGCAGUUUGCAUGUCGGCAUUGAAUGAGAAUGGAGGGAAAGAUUUGGUGGAUAUACCCACGUGUGAACAAAUACUCCAGUCCAUUCUCAAAGAGACACAAAAGAAAGGACCAAAUAACGAGAUGCAAUGUGUCAACAUGUACGAUAUUAGAUUGACUGACACAUACCCAAGCUGUGGUAUGAACUGGCCUCCGGAUCUUACUCAAGUCACGCCUUAUCUUCGUCGCAAGGAUGUUACAGAGGCGCUUCACAUCAAUGCUGGGAAAACGACUGGCUGGACUGAAUGCAAUGGUGCAGUCGGUAGUGCUUUCCGAGCAAGGCACUCAAAACCAUCCAUCCAAAUCCUGCCCGAGCUCCUAAAGGAGGUCCCUAUCGUUCUAUUUUCCGGAGCCGAAGAUCUUAUUUGCAACCAUAUUGGAACAGAAGACCUCAUCAGCAACUUGGAAUGGAAUGGUGGAAAAGGGUUUGAAUUGUCUCCAGGCACAUGGGCACCUCGUCGUAACUGGGAAUUUGAGGGGCAGGCGGCAGGCUUCUAUCAAGAAGCCCGAAACUUGACAUACAUCUUAUUCUACAACUCCUCACACAUGGUUCCAUUCGAUUUUGGUCGGAGAACUAGGGACAUGCUCGACCGGUUUAUGAAGGUCGACAUUGGCAGUAUCGGUGGAGUCCCAACUGACAGUCGCAUUGAUGGCGAGAAGGGUUUGGAAACCUCGGUUGGUGGACACCCUAAUAGCACCGCCGCUCAGGAAGCCGAGACAGCGAAAUUGGAAGCUGCGAAAUGGCAAGCAUACUACAAAUCUGGAGAAAUCGUCCUUGUCAUUGUCGUCAUCGCAGCCGCAGCAUGGGGUUAUUACGUUUGGAAGGAAAGACGUCAACGUCCCGGCUACAAGAGUCUUUUUGGGGGCGAAACCCCCAUGUCACUUGGUGGUGCGCGUGAACGCAGUGGCAUGGGACUUGAGAGCUUCAGACAUAAACGCGGAAGUAGGGGGGAUGUGGAGGCAGCAGAUUUUGAUGAGAGUGAGCUUGAUGAGUUGCAUGUGAGAACGCCGACGGAUGAUAUUGAUAGGGAGAGAUAUAGUAUUGGGAGCGAUGAGGAAGAGGAGAUUGAGGAGAAGCGGGGAAACUCUUCCAGGAGUCGGGGGAAGCAGAGUUGAUUCGAUCAAAUCAGAGUUAAUUGGGGUUAUGGUAGAGUGGUUGGGGUAGAUAGAUAGUGAUGAGGAUUGAUGCAAUUGUAUUUUUGAUAUGCUGCGGUACUUGGUCUCCUUUUUUCGAUCUUGGCUGGGUGUUAGGCGCCUUUCUUUCUACAACCGUUCAAAAAGCAGAUUUAUUU